ACAAGGAGGAGGUGCAGAGGAAACGACAGAAGACGUUACCAAACUUCCAGGACUUCAGUGGUCAUGGAGGAGGAGGAGGAGGAGGAGGCGGAGGAGGAGGACUGUACCGAGGAGGAGGUCCAGCUACCGGAGGCGGUCCUGGAUCAGGAGGAGGAUAUUAUCAGGGCUACACCUCCUACAACUAUGGAGGAGGAGGAGGAGGAGGAGGAGGAGGAGGUUUCUCCACAGGAUACUCAGCUGGUCUGGGAGGAGGAGGUAUCAAGCAGGCCUCAAACAGUGARGCUGCGGACGAUGAUGACGAUGAUCCAGACAAUGACUCAGCAUCGGGGCUCACACCAGGGAUUACAGCUCAGCCAGGAGGACCAGAGGAGACCGAGGAGGGAGGAGGAGGAGGAGGUGUGGAACCAGAACCAGAUGAAGAGGAGCAGCUGGCGGAGGAGACCCGCAGGCAGCUGGACUCUCUGUUCCAGUACUCGGUCACAGGUGACUCAGCGUACCUGCUGGCUCCACAGCGCCCCCUGAUGACGGCUCAGGAUGAGGAUGGAGACAGCGGGCUGCACCUGGCCGUUCUGCACAGCCAGCAGGAGGCGCUGAGGAGUCUGACCCAGGUGGUGUCGGUUCUGCCUGGAGGGGAGGUGCUAAACCUGAGGAACCACCUGUACCAGACUCCUCUGCACCUGGCGGUGAUCACGCAGCAGAACGAYGCGGUGGAGGCGCUGCUGUUAGCCGGUGCUGAUCCGACUCUGACAGAUCGUCACGGAAACACGCUGCUGCACCUGGCAGCGCUGCAGGAAGGAGGCGGGAUGAUGGAGCUGCUACUGCAACACCAGGAGCUGAGAGGACUGCUGCAGAGCUGCAACACUGCAGGUAUGUGUGCCAUACACCUGGCGGUUCUGGCCAAUCGGCUGUCAGCUCUCAGGGAGCUGCUGGUGGGCGGGGCUGAUGUUGAGGCUCAGGAGCGCAGCUGUGGGCGGACCGCCCUCCACCUGACCACAGAGACAGACAACGUGUCGCUGGCCGGCUGCCUGCUGCUGGAGGGAAARGCCAAGGUGGACUGCUGCACCUUCAAUGGCUCCACCCCCCUCCACAUCGCCYCGGGGCGGGGCUCCUUAAAGCUGACGGCUUUGCUGAUGGCUGCAGGCGCCGACCCUCAGAGGGAGAACUUUGAGCCUCUGUUCUUCAGGGAGGAGGAGGAGGGUGACGAAGACGAUGAAGGCUACAUCCCUGGAACAACUCCUCUCAACAUGGCCAGCAGCUCUCAGGUGCUGGAUCUCCUGAACGGGAACGAGUACGAACCAAAACCUCCUCAUCAAGCUUUCGUCCCUCCUCAAGGUGACCUGGCGAGCCUGGAUGAGGAGGUGAGGCAGAGACUGUGCUGCGCUCUGCAGACUGAAGGAUGCUGGGAGGAUCUGGCUCACAGUCUGGGCCUCGGGAUCCUCAACACGGCCUUCAGACUAAGCCCCUCCCCCGCCAAGACACUGCUGGACAGCUACGAGGUCUCUGGUGGAACUGUGUCAGACCUGCUGGCUGCUCUCAGGUCUUUGGGAAGCUGCAAGGCGGUGAGCAUCCUGGAGGAGGCGCUGUGUGACCACCCAGAGCCCAGCGGAGAGUCUGGGUCCACACCGGUCCAGGACCUGAAGGUGGACGUGCGGAUUGACAGCUACGUGUGUGACAGCGGGGUGGAGCUCUCCACAGCGUAGCCUCUGAUUGGUCCUUCUUCAUCCAUCAAGACUUCAUACAGCUCCUCCUCUUCAUCACCUUCAUCAUCAGAACUGUUAAACUAUUCUUACUGAAACCUGAAGCUAAACGUUUGAAACUGACAGAAAAGGAUGCUUCCAGCAUGCGAUGCUAGCUAGCCGCUGCGAUGCUAGCUAGCCGCGGCCACGCCGGCUAACCGCUGCGAUGCUAGCUAGCCGCGUCCACGCCGGCUAACCGCUGCGAUGCUAGCUAGCCGCGUCCAUGCCGGCUAACCGCUGCGAUGCUAGCUAGCCGCUGCGAAGCUUUUAAUCCAGAGGAGCAGUGAUGAAGACGAGGACGCUCCCUGACGGAGCAGGGAAACGGUGCUACUYAAACAGGAACGUCUUGUAAAGAGGAACCAGGUUCAGGUCUGAGAUGGGUCAUUUGGGUCGGUUCUGUUGGCCGGAGAUGAAAAUAUAAACGUUACAGGAUCUGUGAACGCACGGAGCUUCUUCCUGUUUAAUUUGAAACCAACUCAUGAAUUCACUGAAACUGAUCCAGAGUGGAGCCACACCCACCGGUACUCAGCCUCUAAGCUCCGCCUCCUUUAGGGGAAACAACCACAGCAGCUGUUUUUUUCCCCCUAAAGUGGGCAGGGCCUUUUUUGAAAGAGGAGGAAGUGAUGGCUGUGAGAGGCUGGGUCCUCCGAAGGCCGAAUUCGUUACAGCGCUGUGACGAAGGCCGUCCAAAACCGAAGACUCCUCCGAUGCAGCAACAAAUGCGUCCUUAUUUUGCCCCGAACUGAAGGAUAUGGAUCCUUCUCGGCACACCGUAUCCCAUAAUGCAUUGCGGCCCGACCCAAGAUUUUUUUAUGCUAGUAAUGACGGARGAAGUGAGUAAAGAAGACAUCUUAAAUAAAAAUUUGGUGGUAUAAAAA